AACCUGAGCCAUCGCGAUUACACUACAGAAACUACAUGACAAAAAAUGAGUACACCUCCAAAUGAAAAAUAUUUUGAAAAAGUGACCUGUUACCAUUAUUAUUUCAUUACACUUCUUUAUUUAACCAAAUUGCCUGUUUUUUGGCAUGUUCUAAGCUUAUUGUUUUUAGCACCUCCUAUGGAGUACACUUGUAAAGGUGCGACGAACGGUGUUGACCAGUGCCCUUGUGAUGAGCCGGUGUGGAAUACGAGUGUGUUCACGAAGACCAUGCAGACCAAGUUCAACUUGAUAUGUGAGAACAAGUGGCUGUUUAGUUUCUCGCAGAGCAUGCUGUUUGUGGGUACGCUGUUGGGUGCUUUGUCAUUUGGAUUUUUGUCCGACAAGUAUGGACGCUUGUUGUCUUUCACGAUUAGUUGUUUGAUAGUUUCCUUGGCGGGCACUCUGUUGGUGUUCAUGCCCACAGCUCCUACGUUCAUCUUGGUGCGCUGCAUCGAAGGCUGGGGUGUCGGGGGCUCCAUCGUUACCGCCUACGUCCUGCUCGUCGAGUACUGCGGGAAAGGCUAUCGGGAAAUGGUGACAGCCCUCUACCACAUCCCAAUCAACAUAAGUCAUUUGUCACUGGCCGGUAUAUCAUAUUUCCUUAGGAAUUGUGACCACUUUAUGCUGGCCAUAUCAAUCCCAACAAUCUUGUGCGUCUUUUUAUAUUGCCUCACCUAUGAAUCCCCAAAAUGGUUGAUUGAUAACGAAAAGUAUGCAAGAGCUACAUUUGUGAUGCAAAAGAUUGCUAAAUUCAAUGGAGAUUCGCCAGAAGAAAUGAAAGCUGAAAUGGAAGCAUAUUAUGCAGAAAAUAAUAGGACAAAACAUACAAAAAUAAGUUUCUGGGAAAUCUUCAAGUACAGGAAACUGACUGUAUACUUGUUGUGUAUGUCCCUCAUCUACUUUACAUGUGGGAUGGGUUAUUAUGGUGUUUCUCAAUUCAUCGGCAAAAUGAGUGGAGACAUCCAUAAGAACGUGGCCAUAUCAGGAGCGGUGCUCAUACCCGGCACAAUAGCAUCCGCGUUCCUGCUGAAAAGGCUUGGAAGGAGAACGUUUUUAAUGACAACCACUUUUCUUUCAGGGGUUGGCAUGAUCGUUGUGAUCUGUAUACCGAAACAUUUAGCUUCUGUGAGAGUGGCCAUGGCAUGUGUAUGCAACUGCUUCUUUUUUAUGUCGUUCAUCAUAGUAUUUUUGUAUGGUGUGGAAUUAUUCCCUACGUCUAUAAGAAAUUCUGUGUUGGGUUUCUUAUCAGUUCUGUCCAGAGUGGGUCAAAUUGUAGCGCCACCUAUCAAUGCUCUCCCUGAAACGGUUUCUGGUGCUAUAUUUGGUGCGAUGGCUAUAAUUGGUUCGUUAUUAUGUUAUCCUUUACCAGAAACAAAAAAUAUGGAACUGCCGACAUGUUUAGAAGAUACAAACAAUUUACCUCGUGGCAUACCUACGGGCUGAUAAAAAGAAUUUUGAUCCAAAAGUUUGUUGUAUAUGUUUUCUGAUUUGAUAUUUAAUUAAACAUUUUUAAUGAU